GAGGUGAGUCUGAUUGGUUGAACCGAGUGAAGCCUUUUAGACAAGGAAGUAGUCAAAUAUGUGACAGUAAAGUCUAGUUUAGARGCUAAAUAAACAUGAUUUCAGGUGCGRUUUARGCAUUAUUAGCGGGCUUUCUUGGAGCCGUCGCCUCCUCGUCAGCCAAGCUAUCUCUGGGCUCAGACUACCUCAAAGGGAUGUGUGAAACAGGGCUGAAAACCUGGUUUCAGGAUGGGGACUACAGGAUUAUUCAGGAGGAAACAUCACCCUGCGAAUGGCUCCACAUCCCUCUGCGGUUGCUGUGUGGAGGACUGCUGUUCACCAGUAAUGCUGUGAUGUGGACCUUCUUCUCCAAGGCUCUGAGACACUCCUCCUCCUCCGCUCGGGCCACGGUCACCACCACCGCAUCCAACUUUGUUUCCUCRGCAUUCCUUGGGAAGCUGCUCUUUGGCGAGACCCACGCAGCACUGUGGUGGGUGGGCAUCUCUCUAACGCUCUCAGGUUUACUGGUGCUGCACGGAUCAACUUCCCAACCAGCAGAGGCCAAGAAGGAAGAGUGAAGGACUGUCCACAUGUGGAAUAAGAAGUGGAAUAACAAUUCCACUGCGUCAAUCACCCCACUGGACCGCCUCGCCGUUAAACAAACGCUUUCUGGCUCAAAUAAAUCUGGAUUUCACCAGAACCGUGUUCUAUUACCACAAAAGGGCUUUGAUGUUACAACUGACUGUACGGAUUCUAACAUGUUACACCUGACUGUACACGGAUUCUAACAUGUUACACCU